AUGGCCCGCACCAAGCAAACUGCUCGCCGGAGGGCCCCUAGUGCCGCGUCCAGCGACUCUGGCACCGGCGCGGGUCGCUUCUCAAAAUUUAAAUGUGCCUUUACCAAGGACGGCGCUGUGUCCGAGUUCAUCUGGAAGUGGCGCUGCAAGCUGUUUGGCAGCGGCAACAAGGACAACGAUAACGACUCGUCGGACGAGGAGGAGGCCGGCGGUGAUCCCGUCAGCAAGGUCAUGUACGAGGGCCCGGACUCGUCCACGUGGAACUACAACUGGGUAGACUAUCCGCCCAAGCAAAUAUCAAAGGCCACCGCCCGCGAGCACGGCCGCGUCGCCAUCAAGGUCUUCAAGGUCAAGGACCACGAGAAGCAGUGCAUCUCGGGGCGCCUGCCGCUCAAGUACCACAGCAUCCAGGUGCAGAACCUGGCCGUCGUCGCCGCGCUCGUGCCCAUUCUCAAGAAGCAAGACCACCACGUUAGCGAAACCGAGACGGCGACGUUCACCGCCCCCUUUCACGUACUCUUCUUCUGCCAGGACGAGAUCAAGCAGCUCUACAAUGGACUGGCCAAAGACGACAUCUUGGCCCCGUACCUCAAGCUGUUUGUCGACGCCAUGGAUUCCGUUCUCAAGGAAAUGCACACGAAGCUGGACAACCUCGGCGGAUCGAGUCUCAUUUCCUUUGCCACCGCCUGGACUCUCUUCUCCCGCGGCACCACCCUCUACAGCACCGAUCUCGAGUCUGAAUUCCUCUGCAAAGUCAUCAAGGCCGACUACGUCACCACCUCCUGCGGCGACUCGUUUCUGCAAAUCAGCGUCAAGGUCCUCCGCUUCAACGGCGAUUCCUUUGUCUGGGCCAGCAAGAUGCUGCGCCUCGGCAGCUUCUCCGGCAACAAGCCCAUCAAGCAGCUGCGCCACUACCCCAUCGAGCACCACGCCGACAUUGCCAGCGUGUACGACCGCCUCCAGAACCGCGGCAAGAUGAUGCUCGACCUGCAGGGCCUCCAGUACCGCUGCUACAACAACGUCGCGCUCUACUGGCAGGACAGCAAGACGGUCAGCAAGCACAACGUCGAGGGCCGCAUCCUCAUUGACGUCUCGGGCUACCAAAAGUACCAGGACGACGACCUGCACCGCAACAGCGCAAAGCGCAAGUCGUCCAAGCGCCGCAACGAGGACGAGGACGACCAGGAUGACUGGGGCAUCGGCGCAUGGGACGACGAAUCCGACAAUGACUCCGACGCCGAAUCCAUCAACCCGUUUUCCGACACGGACUCCGACAAUUCGUACGACAGCGACGAUGACGACGCGAACCGGCCCGAGAAGCGCACGCUCCGAAAGCACAUUACUGAAGCGCAGUGCUUGCGCAACAAGGAAAUGAUGCUACGCCGCAAGGACGACCUGCCAUUUCUGUACGGCCUCGUCGGUGGCUACGCCCUCAAGACGAAGCUCUGGGUCGAGUUUUACAUUGAGGACAUUGAGCCGCUCAUCUGGAAUGACACGGCCUACUCGCAUCUCGUGUACGACGAGCAGCAAAAGGACCUCAUCCUGUCCUUUGUCCAGUACCACAGCUUCACCAACAACACCAUCGCCACGCCGACUACCACCAAUAGCACCACCACCACCGCGACAAAACCCGCGCUCCCUGCGAGCGACUCGAGCUCCACCGCCAACGAAGACCCGUCCGAUAGCAGCAGCACGCCGAAGCGCACCCUCGCGCCUAUUGACGACGUCAUCGCCGGCAAGGGCCAGGGUCUCGUGAUCCUGCUCUCGGGCCCGCCCGGCACCGGCAAGACGCUCAUGGCCGAGGCCGUCGCCGACCGCACGCACCGGCCGCUCGUCUACCUGCAGGCCGAGGACCUAGGCACGCACGCCGGCGAGCUCGGCACCCGUCUCAAGCGCUGCCUCACCAUGGCCGCCGAGUGGAAUGCCGUCGUGCUCCUCGACGAGGCCGACGUCUUCAUGGCCGAGCGCGACCCCAACAACAUUCACCGCAACGAGCUCGUCAGCAUCUUCCUUCGCGAGCUCGAGUACUUUCGCGGCAUCCUCUUCCUCACCACCAACCUCUACCAGACCAUUGACCCGGCCUUUCGCAGCCGCGUCAGCCUCCACCUGCUCUUUGCCUCCCUCCCCCGCGACGCCCGCAAACAGGUCUGGCGCAACUUUCUCUCCCGCCUCGCACCCCAGAGCCUCGCCGCGCCCCCCGCGGCGGCGGCGGGCAAGGGUAAGGAGAUUGCCUCGGAAGAAGAGCUGGAGACCGUCGACGGCAACGCGGUGGUGCCGACGCUGAGUGAGACGGAUAUUGACGAGAUUAGCCUCUGGCAGCUCAACGGUCGCGAGAUCAAGAAUGCGGUCAAAAUGGUGCGCACGUGGUGCGACCAUAAGAACUACGUCAUGACGCUUGACAGGCUGGAGAGCGGCAUCCGCGUGACGAACCCGUGCGCCACAAAGAGCGCCGAGGUAGACCAUGAUCUAUACGCGUGA